AUACAUUUAGUAAAAGGGUACUUUUUUGGUAAUGGAAACUACUCAAAGAGAGGAGCUUUCGAGCUUCUUAAGUGUUCUUCCUCCUGUGGAUUUCUGUUGUGUUUAUGGUUCCACAUUGCAUCCAAAUAACCAAGAUAAGUCUAAAAUGGUGGACUAUAUCCUUGGAGUCUCUGAUCCUAUGAAAUGGCACUCUCUGAAUCUGAAAAUGAAUUCAGAUCACUAUGCUUCGUGGAUGGUUCACCUUGGUGGAGCCAGACUGAUUACGAAUGUUGCCGAUAAAGUAGGAGUUGGAGUUCACUUCAAUCCGUUUGUCAACUGGAACGACAGGAAGCUCAAGUAUGGGGUUGUUCGGAUGCAUGACCUAGUACAGGACAUACUAGACUGGAAUAGAUUCUACUUGAGUGGCCGUUUACAGAAACCGGUUCAUAUGCUUGUUGAUAAUCUGGACAUAGAGGAUGUGAAUUCUGUUAAUAAGAGAGCUGCAAUAUCUGCAGCUCUUCUUCUCUUACCAUCAAAAUUCACCGAGGUUUGUUUUCUGUUUACUACUCAGAAAUCUUGAAGUUUCACUAGACUGUACACUAUAACACACAGAACUCUUGCGCAGGAAGAUCUAUAUGCCAAAAUAUGCAGCCUUUCUUACAUGGGAGACUUGCGCAUGUUUUUUGCAGAGGACACUAAUAAGGUGAGAGAGAACCCAGUCAUGUUCUUUAGUACGUCACAUAGCAAAAAUUGUUCUCAGAACAUGUAAACUAUUUUUAUUUUCAUCGUAAUCAAAAAUAUACAAUCUA